ACGACGUCAUAAAGGCAAUCAUUCUUCGUCGUAGACGUGAUAACGGUCCCUUUCGAAUGGAGUUCGACGACGAUUUCAGCGAUUUCGACCCCAAGGCCACCAGAUUCCAGACAAUGGACGAACUUUCACGCAUGUACUACAGCUUCAGACCAACCCGCAGCCCUCUUCGCGCAAUCGGAUCGCCUCUGUCUUAUAUGUAUCCUAUCCGAGUCGUUCUGGACGUCUCACAACAAAUGAACUACAUCGGAAGUGCCAUCUUCCCACCGCCGAUCCCAGCUAACAUUCUCUCUCCAUUGGACUAUGUUGGCCCUAGCCGUGUUGUGCAAGGUGAAGAUGGCUGGGCGUUUUUCGUUCCCAGCGAAAUGACUGUCUGGAAAACCGUUCUCGAGCGGGGCGUGGACAAGCGCUACAGGCCACUCUUCCGUGAACCGACUACAGGCCAGCUCCGGGACGUUGCAACAGGUCGCCAAAGUUAUGGCUGGGCGAUUUAUAGUGCUCGGUCAAUGGUCACUUCAAAUUUUGCAGUUAACUUAUUUCGCCAGCUGCCCAGUCCGCUCCCGGACUUCGACGAAAUUCUAGUGGAGUAUCUUGGCAUGUAUGUGAUGCGCCACAUAGACAACGUAACGAUGGCCCCAGAGAGCUUCCAUACGAUUUCGGAAGAGGAUAUGAACAGGAUUUAUUGCGACCUGUGUCCAGAUCUGCCCAGGGCAUCCAAACCAUGGAUGCAGUUCCCGUUCGUGAAGUUCUCGUACAUCAAAUUCGACGAGCAUUUAAUUGGGUGCAUCGAUCGAGCGGAAGCAAGAUCGAAUAAACUCGAGUCCUUGGCGAGACUCCAACGGGAUAUCGCGGAUGGGGUCGUCGACAAUAGUCUCAACCGGCAGGACAUCACUUGGGACUGGGUCCCCGACGACAACGACCUUUUGUCUACACCCGAGUCUUAUUAAAUCGAGGCCAGCCUGCACCAACAUCUGAAGCUGCGGAAUCUCUCCGUUUCGCAAGAUAGGAUCACUUCUCUACAUUUUCCAAGCAUCCCCGACUUUUGUUUCGCUCAUUCGAUUGCAUUGGGUAGUUGCACUUAACUGUCCUCAACGUACUACCUUCAUUAAUAUGUGUCGUUGCAUUUUUGCCGUUAUUACUACUUGCAGC